AUGGCCGACUUUGUCAACCACGCACUCGACGGCGAGUCUCGAGUGGCAGAGAUCUACUCCGCCGUGAUAAUAUGCUUGACAGCGGUUACGGUGGUUGUCUUGGCCCGGAUUUACACGCGUCUGUUUGUGGUUAGGACGUUCGGCCUGGACGAUUGGACCGCUGCAAUAUCGCUUCCAUUCACAGUCGCUUGUGGCGUCGUAGUUGGCGUUAAUAUCAAAUAUGGUUCUGGAAGACACAUUUGGACGGUAUCCAUUGACGACCAAAGACAGUAUCUCAUCAACUUUUAUUUGAGCAUUGUUUUAUACAACAUCUCCCUCCUUUUCACCAAAGCCUCUUUCCUUUUGCAAUAUUACCGCGUAUUGGCUACAACCAAAGCCAUGAAGCGAUUGUACAUGGGCUUUUUCAUCGCCAUCGUGUUUGUGUACAUUGUUUUCCUUUUCUUGGCCAUAUUUCCUUGUAUUCCAAUUUCGGACUUUUGGUCAUUUUCCGACAGUCCAAACUGCCUUCCGAACCUUCCAUCAUUCUACGCCCAAGCAGUAACCAAUAUCGUCAGCGAUCUCGCCAUCUUCUUCCUCCCAUUACCGGCUCUCUGGAAGCUCCACAUCAACGGGCCCCAAAAGCUGGUGCUCCUGAGCAUCUUCUCCCUCGGCCUGUUCGCGUGCAUCAUCUCCAUCAUCCGCCUCACGUUCCUCGCCGACAGCCCCGACAUAACCUGGGACAACGCCAGCGCGUCCGCCUGGUCGACGGCCGAGGUUUGCAUCGCGCUGAUAUGCGCCUCGCUGCCGUCGCUCCGGCCCAUCGUCGGCGGCAUCCUGCCCCGGCUCGCGUCGUCGUUUGGCAAAAGCACCACGGCGCGCAGCGCGACCCGCAAGGGCACCAGCCGGCUCCAGACGGUCACCACGGUCACGUCGCGAAAGGCGCCGACUUUGUAUCCGGACCUCGAGGGGAGCGUCGAGCGGCUGAACAGCAACGAGGGCAGCGAGGGUGCUCCUGCGCGCUCCCAGACGUUCCUCGAUGAUGGCAGCGACCACAAUGGCUUUGCGAUGACUGAUAUGGCCAAGUCGGCCGCGCCGCCGCAUAACCGCAUCUGA